GUAUUUCCUGCGACUGUCUCUCGCCAAACCCGCCCAAGUUCGAAAAAAAGAAACAUGUCGGGGAGAAGAGCACUUUGCAAAGAUUCAAACGUGACAUAUGAAGUCACCGUCAACGAUGGAGUUUAUGCUGACUCAACCAUCAUUAAGGACAACUCUAAACAAGGGAAGUUCGUAGAAGACGAUGAUAGCGACCCACCGGUCGUCUUUUUCUGCGGUAGUUGCAAGUUGCCUGUGGGUGACUCGCUGUCUUGGGCUGGGAGUGAGGACGAACAAAAUCAAAUACUGCUGAAACGUGUCAGUGACAAUGUUUUGGUUGGCAAAGAAACUCACUUCUCCGGUACCUGUAAGAAGGAUCGAGGCUGCCUUGAAGUCCCCCUGACCUGUCUUGGCUGCAGCUCUCUGCUUGGCAUGGUCUACAUCUCUACACCCAGGAAACUGGACCACCUCAGGUCUCUGUUCUGCCUCAAUGUGACUGCCAUAGAGAGUUAUGUCCUGGGGUCUUCCAGUCAGCAGGUGGCAGCAGUGAGCCCCAAGCAGCAGCCAGUCACUCUGGAGUACAGACAGGCCGUAGAGCGACAGCUGGAUGAGAUUAAGGUGGUGACUCUGUCUAUGGGGCAGAGGUUGUUGGUGCUGGAGGGUGACCAGCAGAGUAAAAGUCAGAUGUGAUGAUGCAUCUUGACAGUGAUGGACCACACUACGUCAUGGGGGUGGCCCAGUGAGGUCUCUCAUACACACAGUACUAAGAAGUGAUGUCACUGAGUACUGCCCAUAACUAUGCCCCCACCUGGGAUAUGGAUGCCUGAUGAAGAAUUUAAGGGUCAAAACGUUGUUAAUAAAUAUCACCUGGGAGCACGAA